GAGAGUCUCUUCCUUCUGCGUCCGGGGUGGUACCGUACGCGGUGGCCGCAGCCGGAGCUGGGAGCCAGCGUCUGCAUCGCCGCCGUCGCUACCGCCGCCUUCGCUGCCUGCGCCUCUGCCUUGGACUAUUCUCCGCACCGUGCAGAGGCGGCGGGCUAGUGAGAGAGCGGCGCCAGCGUGAGGUUCCCAGCUGAUGGGAAGCCCCUGGACGCGCUGAGGGGCCGGGCUCGAGCGGCUGAGAAAAUGAUGCAUCCUGUUGCCAGCAGUAAUCCAGCUUUCUGUGGGCCUGGCAAGCCUUCGUGCCUGAAUGAAGAUGCCAUGAGAGCUGCUGAUCAGUUUGACAUAUAUUCCUCCCAGCAAAGCAAAUACAGCCACACAGUCAGCCACAAACCAAUGGUUUGUCAGAGGCAAGACCCAUUAAAUGAAACACAUUUGCAGACUACAAGUGGCAGAAGCAUAGAAAUAAAAGAUGAACUAAAAAAAAAGAAAAAUCUCAACCGAUCUGGUAAACGUGGCCGGCCAUCGGGAACCACCAAAUCAGCAGGAUACCGGACCAGCACAGGCAGACCCCUGGGAACCACUAAAGCAGCUGGAUUUAAGACAAGUCCGGGCAGACCUUUGGGUACAACUAAAGCUGCGGGAUACAAAGUCAGCCCAGGGAGACCUCCAGGUAGCAUUAAAGCUCUAUCCCGUCUUGCCGAUCUUGGUUAUGGCUGUGGCACUGCUGCUUUUCCUUAUCCUAUGAUGCAUGGCAGAGCAGUUCACGGGGUAGAGGAAACCAGCAGUGAAGUCAAGCCACCCAAUGAGUGAAUGAGGCAGGAAAGGAGGGCCAGGUUCGGAAGGAAGAUUGUGAAUAAUCCCAAAGCCUCUUGGUUUUAUUUUGACAUACAUAACUUUAUGACCUGGGCUUUCCAAAUUUGUUUUCCUGUUUAAUUUGUUUUCCUGCUUUUGCUCAGAAGCUGCCAUGUGCUGACAGGUGCACUCAGGGCAAUAGCAGUGGCAUUGUAUUUGUACAUAGGUUCAAGUGUAACACCUAACUAAAUCAUUUUUGCUUUUCCUUUAGAGUUACAGUUGUGUUUCAUGUUUCAUUACUACUUUGGGGCCAUUCUUAAUCGAUGCUUUAUGUGCUGAACAACUGAAACCAUUAUACCUAUGAGUUGUGAAGUAAGCCUACAAUAUAAUAAAGAUACUAUCUAAGGUAUUUUUAACUGAUGGAGCAAAAAAGCAAAUUAAUGAUUCAGGAUUACUUGAGGUAAUGGCUGUGUGAGUUUUUGUAACAUUUAUGUUCAUGAGACAGGACACAGAUUUGUAUGCAUUGGCAUUUACAUAGACUGCAGAUGUUAGAAAAUUAUUUUUAAUGUUCUAGGUUCAGACAGCUUUUUAUUUAUUGAUCUACAUGGCAUUAAUUGAUUUAACCAUUAUUUCUAAAAGAAUUCUUUAGUGUUUGCCUUUCAGCAGUGAUUAAGUUGUGUAUUUUUAAAUUGCCUAAGAGCAUAUAUACCAAACACUACAAACGAUUCAUAUUUACAGAAAUUUUAAACUAUUUUAUAAAAACUGCACAUUACAUUUUUGGUGAAAUACAAUGCAUUCUGAGAAUAGCAUAUUUAAUAUAAUAGAAAAAGAAACAUUUUAAGGUCUGCAUGUAGCUUGUAGUCACUAUAUUUUGCCUUUCAUACAGUUAGUGAGUUCUAAAGUAUUAUGUUUAAAAACAUUUAUUAGUAUUGCUCAUUUAUUUGGUAUGUUUUUUAAUUUUUCUGAGAAAUUGUCCUAUUGCAUUAGCACUUAUUGUGUUUUCAGGUUUAUAUCUACCAAAGGACACAAAAUGAAUGGUAGACUGUAAAACUGGUAUAAAUAGAAUGCAGUUUCCUGACAGUCAGAACCCAAAUAUGAAGAAAUAUAUAGGAAUCCAUCUAUGCAUGAAACAUGUAAAAAAUAUGUUGGUUAGUUUAAUUAAAAAUCUUAUUGUGGCUCCAGUGAGACCACUUCACUCAAAAGAAAUUUUGUUUUCCAAUAAUGUUUGCUUUAGAAGCAAGAUAGAAAAGAAGAAAAGUAUUGGAUAGAUACACAUAGUGGAGACAGAGGGAAACCUCUCUUCCCUCCUUACUGAAAGUAAUAUUACUUGUUAAUACACAUUUUAUUACUGGCCAGCCGCCAAAAAAUGUAUAUAUAUACACAUUUUAUUUAUUCUGAGUUUGUUCUAAAUAAAAGAUUGUAAACUUUGGAUUUGAAAAAAUUCCAGUGAACUUUAAAUUAAAGUUACAAUGUUUGUACUUGCAAUUUUAAAUGCCUUUGAGAUUAAAAUGUAGAUUUGCAGGACCCAAAAACUUUUAAAAUAAUAAAAAAUUUUAGAGGGUGCUUAUUGUGUUGUUCUGGGCUUGCUCUCAGUUAAUGCAAACUCUGAUUGCAUAUGGAUGUCAUGUUUCAUACCUUUUUUAUCAGGAAAAAAGCAGCAAGCCUUCAGGUGUUCCAGUGAUGCCUGACACAUUGAGCUGGACUUUAUACUGCUCUUUACAGUAAGAGGUGUUGCAUUAUAUGUGGAGACUAUGUGUGCACUGGCAUCUAAGACAGUGACCUCAACAAUAUUAGCUUUGCACAAACCGUAGAGAACAAUGUUGGAUGACUACAUAACACUUGUAAUAUUCUGGCAGCUAAAUUGCUACAAAAAUUUCUUCUUGCAGAAGCUUAAAAUAUAAAACUUUUAAUAAUUAACUCAGACAGUAUAACUUCUGACACACACAAAUGCUUGCAUCUUUACUCAUAUGUUCCAUCUAUCCACUAUUUUUAUGUAUCGGUCAUUUAGCUGUUUCUAAAGAUAAUGUUUAGCAGUUGGCUGCUUAGAAAUCUUCUUUUGAGCUAGUUCCUGAAGACAGUUGUUUAAUUAAAUGUUCUGCCAUAGAAUAAUAUACACCUUUGUCAAGGAUUUGGUUUCAUGUUGUGUUUCAUAGUAAAGUGCAUUUGACAUUUACUUUUCAGAUUAUUUUCAUUCUUGCUUUUGUUAUAAAUACCCUUAUCUUUCUCCUCUGCCCUUUUCUACAUUUCAUUCCACCACCACCACUACCACCCUCCUCCAGCACAUCUACUCAGUGGUGCUGUGCUGUGUGUCAGAAGAUAAAGCAGGUGUAUUGUAUAAUGAAUUUUGUAUACAUGUAUAUGAAAUGGUGAAAUCAACUAAGGGAGGUAUGUUCAUAACAGUGUUUAUUAUCAGCAGCUAUGUCCCAGGGGAAAAAAAGAGGGCAAAUGGUUACAGUUUUAAAUGGAUAAGAUUACUUAGAAAGAUGAAUUUACUAUUCAUGUGAGAAGUUACCUGGAGUAUUAGGUCUGUACACUGGUGAGCAUCUCCUGAUUUCACUUUUCUCCUUGUGAACAGUUUACUGGUACCAUGCUGAAAAGAAAGACAUCAAGUUAUAACAUGAAUGAAGUCUUAAAAUACAAAAUAUUUUUACUUCCAUAUAUCUAAAGACUACAUUGUGCAUCUUUUGUAACACUGUCUUUUGUCAUGUUAAACACUGAAAUAGCAUGUUAAACAGUUGCCUAUACUUUAAUAUAAUCAGUUGGGGAAAACUGGCCUUUUCCCCCUGCUGUAUGAUUAUUCCUUGAAAGGUAAAUUGCUAAUUUUAUACUAUGUAAUUCUGUUCUUCACAAAAUAGGUUUCACUGUUCUAUAUUAAAACUAUUGGUCAGAAAAUGAUCUGCUAUUCAAAUAAUUAUGGAGAAAAUGAUUACCAAUUAACUGAUAAUAAGCACGCUGUCCUCUGCUGUAAAAAAGUCUGAAUAGAUACUGUGUAUGUUUUUAUGUCCAUGAACUUGAGCUACUCGUGUGCAAUUAUGUGUAUGGGAAUGGAGUAGUGUUCAUGAUUUGUAUCUACAUCAUCAUAUGGAUGUAUAUUUAUUAAUAAAGUCAUUACUUUAAAACCA